AUGCUUUCAGAAUCGUCCUCAAUUGUUUCCUCUGACAAAGAGCCUGUUCAUGAGAUGGCAAAUAUAGUUAAAAAUUAUGGCAUCGAGGAGUUAAUUGAAUAUUUGGGAAAAAAGAAUUUGAGAAUAGAUGACGAAGACUUUGCAAUAUUUCGUAAGGAAAAAAUAACAGGUCUUGCCUUCCUUGAAACCACUGAAGAAAAAUUUCAAAGUUAUGACUUGAAAGGAGAUCCAGCAACAGUACUCACAAAUGUUAUCGUGAAUCUCAAAAAAUCCAAUAUCCCAAAAUCAAACACUGGACUUGUAUCUGUUUUCGUGGACAAUUUCAACUUGUUUAUCGAAGGAAAGUAUAGUAUUGAAAAAGCAGGCAACUUUGAUUACCAAAGAAAUUCCUAUCAACUCAACCAGCUCUACGUCGAUCAUGGACGCCUUCUAUUAACAGUAAUGAAAGGACGAAAAAUAGGAAGUAAUCCGGUGAUUGUUGGCUCUCGUCCACCUCGGAACGAUUCACUAUGGGAUAGGAUUCAAAAUCAAGAUUUUGAUGUGAUCGUUUAUGAUUGUAUUGCAAAUAAAGAAAAGAAAGUCGAUAUGGAACUUGGACUUUCUAUAGCGGAUGUCGUUUAUUCGAAGGAUCCUGGUAUAGUUCUUAUGAUUGCCAGCGAUGGUGAUUAUACUCCUGCGAUAAAUCGGGGAUAUCCGGAUCCAUCAGGAAGAAGUUAUACCCUUGAAAUAACUGAUGGUGAAACACUCGCAAAAUGGCAAGAUGAUGAAAUAAUGGAAUGUUUUGAUUCAUUAGAAUUAUUUGAAUGGUGGUUCAGGAAAGAAGGACUGACUAUAUACUUGUACUUCGAUAACAAAACACAUUUGAAAAAGGCAAAAAAUUGGUUGGAAUCUAAGCAUCCGGAUGUGAAGGUUUAA